GUUAUUUUAAAGGCUGUGAGUAGUAUCAUCUGAUGGUUGACAUUUGUUAGGUGUUGUAUUCUGUUUCGGGUAUUCUUCAAACGUAUAAUUAGAUCUUAUUUACUCGAAAAAUGACUAUCGUGACCAAACCUUUAAGUGAGAAAAAGGUAGAGAAACCUUUAGUUGAUGACAUCAAAGUUGAUAUCGUGCCUGAGAGAACUGGGACGCAUGCUGUCCCUUUGGUAAGAAACAAUGAUUUCUGCGAACUUGUGAGAGAACGCAGAGCUCGUUCAGCCUCCACAGCCUGUCUUUUUCUCACUGCUUUGAUUGUUAUGAGCUGUGGCAUAGUGACAGGAUUAUAUUUGUAUAGACAGUUUGUAAGAGUUCAAAUGGAAAGAUUUCAUCUUCGUUGUAAUAUUCCCUAUGCUAUGCAAAGGCAUGGUGAUGAAGACAUUGAAAAUUUCCAGAAUGAUAUUCAAGCAUUGCAAAAUGAAUUGGAUAAAGAGGAAAAAUAUUUCCAUGAAGAUUUUGAAAUUGAAGAUUGCUAUGAGAAAAUUACUGUUCCAGAUUUUUCAGGGGGACGGAGAAGCAAAUUUAUUCAUGACUUCAAAACGAAUAAGACUGGAAUAAUUGACAUUGAUGGUCGUCGUUGCUUUGUCAUGCCAUUGAAUCGUACUUUGGUUCUUCCUCCUGAAACUCUCAUGGACUUAGUGAAAAAAAUGAGGGAUGGCUAUUAUGAGGUUGAUACUGGUGUUCUUCGGGAAACAAUGCAGGUGGUUACCCCUGCAAUUGAAGACAGAGCCAGCUUGGGAGUGCAUAUUGAGCAAGAAUGUUUUGGUUAUCCGAUUUAUAAACUAGAAAAAAUAGUUAGUGGAGUUUAUAAGAGGAGUGCUGAACCAGAAGUGAAAUUCAUGGAAUUUGCUGGGAAAAACACCCACGAACUACAUAUUAUGAAUUAUAAUGAUUUGCAAGAACAUGAAGUUCCUCUGCCGAUAGCAAUGGCAUAAACAGCAAAACUUCAUGACCCAUUUACAAUAUGUCGUUAGGUAUAGUUAUUUGGUAAAUAUUUCUUUAAAUAUUAUCCAUAGUUGUUAAUCUUAAACUGUCAUUUUGCACAGUCUGUUGUUUCUGUGUAUUAUCUACUAUUCAAUGUAAUUUUAGAUUUUAAAUGUAAUAGUUUCUAACUUAAAAUAUUUAAAGCACAUAUCUACUGUUAACUUUAUUAGUUGAAAUAAAAAAAGAUAUUUUAUCUAUUUAACAAGACCUACCCUGUUCUCCACUCCAGUAUAUUUCUUUGAAUUUAUUGUUCAUUAAAAUACUUUUGUAGUAAUGAGGAGCAAUACAUUUUACAUAUCAAUGUUGUGGGUAAUACUCAAGAAAUUUUUAUUUAGUGUAAGUUGUUAAAAGCAUUCCCAUUAUACAGUUUAAUCUUUUAUUUCCUGAAUUUUAAACUUUACAACGAAUGUUUUAGUUACAAUAUAUAAAAAAAUAUUUAUAUUGUUGUUAAUUAAUGUUUUGACUGCUUAAAGUAUUUAAUAAAUUUAAGGAUUAACAAAAUAAGAUUUCUGAUUUGUAUAACUGUAAUUGCAGAAAAUGUUUUAUUAAUAACAUGAGCAAUAAGGUGACCAGAUGUCCCGCUUUUUAACAAUUUGUCCUGCAACAAUUUUGAUAGAAUGCAGGACAAGCUAGGGAACAGAAAGAGAAUAUAUGGUUUUCUACGGCCAUGUAGCUAUUUCGCUAGGAUAUGUUGAAUUUCAACUAUCAUGAAUAAUUGUUAUAUUCUGGUUAUUGAGAACUGCUUAGAAAAGGUUAAUAUUGUUGAUAAGUUGUUAAAAUUCAACCACCAUUUUAUGAACUUAAUGAUAAUAAACAACCCAAAAAUGAGGUAUCAUUAUUAAUAAAAUAUUCUGAUCAGGAAAAGGUUAAAUCUUAGGCAUCAGCAAAUUAACUUCAUUUACUGAAAUGUUACCUUUAAUAAGUUUUUAGCAUUUUAUAAAAGAGCUGCUUGAUUGUAUACAAAUUAUUGGCACAAAAAAUUUGUCUUAAAAAAUGUAUUAUUACUGAAGUCACAAAUUAGACGUCAAAUAUAUCAUCAAAUUAUUCGCUCUAAAAAAUAAGCCUUCUAAAUUUAGUUCUAAACUAAAUUAUAAACCUUAUUUCAGCUGAAUACUACGUCACCUGAUUAACAUUUGCACCAGAUUAUCAUUUUUUAUUUUAUUUUUUGUUCACUCCUUCUUCUCUUUAAAUGCUAUGUGGGGAUUUCCUGACCCAGAGGAUAGGGGGAUUAGUGCUUCAGAAUUAUAAGUCCUCCGCAACCGGGACAUGAACUUGUAAUUAUUUUAUAUCUUAUAAACUUCGGUUUAUCAAUCUUCUGGUUUCUGGGCAACGUGUGUUUUGCACAUGCGUUAGUCCACUCGGCCAUCCUGCUCCAGAUUAUCAUUAUGUAAAAUCAAUUAUUGUUACAAAAAAAUUGAACUAUUCUUUAGAUUUAAUGAAUCAAAUGUAUAUAUUUAAAAAAAAAAAAAUCAAAAAUUCCCCUCUCCAAUCAAUGGUGUCCCGCUUUACCAAUGUUAAAAUUUGGUCACCUUACUCAUGAGUUAUGUUUAUCAGUUGAAUGUUUGUUGAUCUAUAUCUUAUGAUAUAAUUAGAAAAUGAUAACAAUUUAAACCAAGUCUCAUCGAAUCUAAAUUAGGUUUAGUUAAUUAAAACCAGAGGUGUAUGACAUGAUUAAAAGAAGAGCACACCUUUGUUUUUUUAUUUAAUGAGUAAAGUUAUGAAGUAAUUAGUCCAUUACUUCUUAUAAACCUAAAUUACACAUUUGUGGAUGUUAAUUAUUUUUAUCCCUUGAUAAGAUUUAUAUAACACUUUUUUUAUUUAAGUGAAGGUGUAAUUAUUUAAUUAAUAAAGAUGUUUGACAGAA